ACUCAAAAUCUUGUCUAUAAAAGCUCCUACUAAUUACCAUUCUCUUGCUCAUCCAAUACUUCUAGGGAGAUCUAUAUAGUUAACGGAAUAUGGGUUCCUCUUUGUAUCCCUUUGUGUUCAUGCGUUUACUCUUCCUACUCUCUUGCUUUCAUCUUAUAAUAACAUCUGGCUCUGAUUCUAACUCUUUCGUGCAGCCACUACCCCGUGCUGAUGAGACCUCGGCCCUGUUGCAAUUCAAGCAAACCUUUUCAAUUGACAAAUCCGCUUCUAGUGAUCCUUCUUCUUAUCCGAAGGUUGCAUCAUGGAAGCACAAAAAAGAAAGUAGCAAUUGCUGCUCAUGGGAUGGUGUCGAGUGUGACCAGGACACAGGUCAUGUGAUUGGCCUUGACCUCAGCAGCAGUUUCCUCUAUGGUUUUCUGAAUUCAAGUAGCAGCCUCUUCAGCCUAGUUCACCUUCAAAGACUUAACCUCGCCGACAAUGACUUCAAUUACUCUUGUAUCCCAUCAGAAAUUGGCCAUCUCUCAAGGUUAACAAGUCUUAACCUUUCCCUAUCUCUAUUUUCAUGUCAAAUCCCUCCAGAGAUCUCAAAAUUGUCAAAAUUGGUUUUGCUUGAUCUUUCUUACAAUUUUGAUCCUCUUUAUGAUGUUAGUUUUGCUGACAGUAUUCACUCAUCAAAAGCAAGACUAUUGAAACUUGAAAAGUUUGGUCUGAGAAGCUUACUUCAAAACUUGACUAACCUCAAAGAGCUUCAUCUAAGUAAGGUGAUCAUAUCUUCGGAAGUACCUCAUACAUUGACCAACUUAACUUCCUUGACAACUCUCGUUCUAGAAGAUUGUGGGCUGCGUGGUGAAUUCCCAGUAAGCAUAUUCCAUCUACCAAAGCUUCAAGUUCUCAAUUUGUGUUAUAAUGAAAAUCUCACUGGCCAUUUGCCCAAAUUUCACCUAAAUAGCCCCCUUCAGGAUCUAGAACUUGCUGUCACCAAUUUUUCUGGCAAGCUACCAGACUCGAUUGGAAAUCUUAAUUUCUUGAAGACUUUAGAUUUCACUGAAUGCUAUUUCUCAGGGUCCAUUCCAGCUUCACUUGGUAACCUAACACAACUAACCGAUCUGUUCCUUUCGUAUAAUCUAUUGCAAGGCCCAAUCCCAGGCUCAUUCUCUGAGCUAAAGAAUCUUAAAGCUGUUUAUCUUUCUUACAAUAAUCUCAGCGUCUCUGAGCUUGAAAUUUUUUUUAAGCUUAAAAAUCUUACUGAGCUCAAUUUGUCUGGUAGCCAAAUAAAAUCGCUGCCCAAAAACACUACUAAUACUACUCUUCCAAAGUUUCAGAUGUUACUACUAGGUUCAUGCAACUUGAGGGAGUUCCCAGAUUUUAUACACUUCCAACACGAACUUGAGGUUCUGUAUCUUCAUGAAAACAAUAUUCAUGGCCAAAUUCCAUCAUGGUUUUCCAACACAAGUAAAGAAACUCUGAGGCUUUUAGACCUUAAGGAAAACUUUCUAACAGGCUUUGAGCAGCAUCCAGAUAUGCUUCCGUGGGUUAAUUUGAUCAUGGUAACCCUUAGCCAUAACAUGUUGCAAGGACCAUUGCCAAUUCCACCAUUAUCCACCCAAACUUACAGAGUCUCAUACAACAGAUUGACAGGAAAAAUCCCACCAUUGUUAUGUCGAUUGAGUUUUCUUCACACACUUGAUUUGUCUAAUAACAACUUGUCUGGAACUAUUCCUCCAUGUUUGAGCAAUUUCAGUGAUUCUCUAUCAAUCCUGAAUCUCAAAGGCAACAACUUUCACGGUCCUAUUCCUCACCCGUACAAUAAAGGAAACACAUUGAAGAUGAUUGACUUCAGUCGUAAUCAAUUACAAGGGAAGGUGCCAAGAUCAUUGGCUAGUUGUACUGUGCUUGAGAUUCUUGAUCUCUCAAAUAAUCUUAUUGAAGAUACUUUUCCCUUUUGGUUGGAAGUUCUUACAAAGUUGCAAGUUCUCAUCUUGCAAUCCAACAAAUUCUAUGGUGCAAUAGGAAGUCGUGAAACUAAGUUGGUGUUACCAAAUUUGCGCAUCAUUGACCUCUCUCAUAAUGGCUUUACAGGUGACCUUCCAGUAAAUUACUUUCGAAAUUGGAACGCAAUGAAAUUUUUUGACAUGGACAAUAUGACAUAUAUGCGUCCACUCACAAAUUUCCCAGCACAGAACAACAUAUUGGGCCGAGAAAGCUAUUACUACACAAUGACCAUUACAAACAAAGGUGUAAAUAGAGAGUAUGAGAAGAUCUUGAAUAUCUUCAUUGCCAUUGAUUUCUCAAGCAACAAAUUCAAAGGGGAGAUUCCAGAAUCUAUUGGAAACCUCAAGGGGCUCCAGCUACUCAACCUUUCCAACAAUGACCUUAGUGGUGGCAUCCCAUCAUACUUAGCGAACCUAACAAAGCUUGAAUCAUUGGACCUUUCUCAAAACAAGCUCUCAGGGGAGCUUCCCCAGCAACUAGUGCUUCUCACUUUCCUUGCUUUCUUAAAUGUCUCAAAUAACCAUCUCACUGGACCCAUUCCACAAGGGAAGCAAUUCAACACGUUCGAGAACAAUUCUUAUGAGGGGAAUUCAGGAUUGUGCGGAGAGCCUUUGUCAACAAAAUGUGGAAUGUCAGAGGCACCACCACCAUCACCAUCACCACCAUUGAACUCAAAACAAGAUAAUGAUUCAGUGUUCCCAAGUGCAAUUGAUUGGAUUAUCAUAUGCAUGGGAUAUGUGAGUGGGAUAAUGGUCGGGAUGGUUAUUGGGCACACAAUAACCACAAAGUAUCACGAAUGGUUCAUUGAGACUUUUGGAAGGAAGCAAAGGAAGCCGAGAAGAGAGAAAAGGAGGAGGCAAGGAAACUGAAGUUGAUAAGGCAUUGUUUUGCAAUAAGUUUUAUACUUGUAGGGGUUAUUGCGACACCGUCAAAGAAAGACAACUUUUGUGCAUGUUGGAAUUUCAUGGAGUGAGAAUGUUCUUUGAGCUAUGAUUAAUUUUCUUACGGUUUCAAGGCUGUGAAAGUAGAAUUAUUUGGACAAUAUGAUGUUUCUGUAAUUUGAAUUUGAACUUUUGAACAAUGUGAUGUAUUAAGUAAUAAGUAGUAAUUGUAAUGGCAGGGGAAAUUAUAGCAAAAUGUGUAAACAUAAAAUUUCACGGGUAAUA